UCUCUAUUUCUAACUUCUUGACAUUGUGUAGGAGAACCAACCUAUAUGGGAGAUGAAGGCUAAGGUUCUGAAGAAAUAUGUUCCAUACAAGAACAAACGAAGAUGGUACAUUGCAUCAAAUUGUUAUCUUGGUUGGGCCGGAGAUAAAGCCAUGAAGUUACAACCGGUAAAAUGCAAGUUUGUUCGCAGGGAAAACUACAAGACUAUCGUCAAAGUUGUAAACCCUUCUAACGUAAAAAGUCACACCAAUACUGAUGCGACUGAGCAGCAAGAAGGAAUGCCUGAUAGCACUAUACCCACAAUAAUCUACGGUGAUCAUGAAAAACAGGACAAAAUAAACGGAUAUCUUGAGCUACAGUGCUCUGCAAAAGAUGCGUCACAAGUUCAGAUAUUAAGCCAUUGGCAGGAACGGGUACGUCCGCCACGAGUUGAUGUCAUAGAGGGAACAACAGAAUGGGGAUCUACCACUCUACGUGAUGACGACAUCUUUAAAGUGCUGAAUGACAUAGACACACAAUUAGAUGAUUUUUCUGUGGAAGAGACAGAAGAGGAGGACAGGGAUCAAGACAGGAUGAGGACCGCUGUGGAAGCACUGCUUGCUGAGCUAUGACAUUUACGCCAAUUAGACAGGAGGGGGGGGGGCGUUCUUUUGAGGUCCGCGCAAUG